ACUAAUCGAUUAGUCGAUACAAUUGAGUGUUAGUCGACUAAGAAUUUCUUCAAUCGAGCACAGCCCUACUUUUUUCAAUCUGGUUUUAUCUGGUACUUACACAUCGUGUGUUCGUCACUUCAUAGUCUGAAAUAAAUAUUCUAAAUUAGUUUUUAUGGCGGUUUAGUGUGCAGCACACGGUGUGUCUCUGCCGUCCGGCCUGGUUACUGGCCCGGCUCGGCUCGGCCCGGUUUUUGUUUUUGGGGGGGGUUUCGGCUGAGAUCGGAGACGGUCCAUGCAGCGCUACCGUCAUUAUGGCUCCUCCUACCCUCCUUCCCCCUCCUCCGCUCCCGUAGAGGAGAUCCACGCCGAAGAGGAGGAGGAGGAGGAGGAGGUGUUCACUGAAGAGGUCUAUGAGGAGGAGGCGGAGCCUCUGAUACAGAAGGAGGCGGAGCCUGUGGUGCAGGAGACAGGAGGUGUUAAUGGGGAGGAGGUCGCACAGACGAAGGAGGAAGAGCAGCCUGACGUCCAGGAGACAGAGGGGAAGACGACGCCGGUGGAAAGCAAGAAUGGAAAGAGGACGGAGAGAGGAGCAGCAGCAGGAGGAGGAGGUGGAGACGCGGCAGCAGCAGCAGGAGGAGGCUCGAAGUACUCCAUGUUCACCUGGUUCGUGGUCCUGGCUCUGCUGGGAGUCUGGAGCUCCGUGGCCGUGGUCUACUUCGAUGUCGUGGACUACGACAGCGUCAUCGCCAGAGCUAAGGAGUUCCACAUGAACUUUUCUGAAGUUUUACAAGGGAAACUGACUGCCUACGACACCGACGGAGACGGAGACUUUGACGUGGAAGAUGCUAAAGUUCUGCUCGGCAAGUCCACUUUCAUUUUCCUUUAUUCUCUCCGUUUUUUGUGCCUGUUUUUGUGCGUGUGAAGCCUGACUGAUGUGGUUUACGGUUGUGUCCCAGUGCCUCAGUUUUAAAAUGGUAACCAGUCUUCUGACUUACUGCGAUGUGAACUCUGACUACAGCAGUGAGUGAUCACUCAAGUUUUCAUUGCCUGUUAGAAGUAAAAAUCUGCAGCGUGAUUAUUAGUGCUUGAGGAGAUGUUCACAGAAAGAGUGGGCGCCUCCUGAUGUUAUAGGAGGUGUAAAAGCAGCCUGGACUAAGUAAGGACUAA